UUUCGAUGGAUGCGCUGAGGUAUUUAUUCAUUCGUCCUUCAUAAUUUCGAGCCGUUCAGAUAAUUUUAAAAGUGUCAAGCUGGUUAUCCUUUAGGGCGAGUUUUAUAAUUAUCUGACGAGCUAUUUCGGAUACCUAGAGGGAUGGGACGGAUGCGAGCGGACAAAAAACCAACGGAGCGCAUGCCGCUCUGAUGCUGGCCGUAUCUUGGACGGAACGAGAUCAAUGGCUUGGCGCCGAUUUCACCACUAUCGGAAUAUCCACUAGAUAUUCCGGGGCCAGGGCGUGGUGGAGACAAAAGUUUGAGGACAACACAUAUUGACGAAUGGAACUCUUUAUCAUAACAUCUUCACUUUUGAGGACUAAUAAAUGGAGAUUGAAGAAUAAAGCCAGAGCCGGAAACCAUUCUCUAGUCCCCAGAAUUUCACUUUGUUUGCGGCAUGUUAAUGUUGAACCCGAGUAAUCGCGGCACCAAUGUCAUCCGCAAACAUAACAGAAAUAAUCACUCACAAAAAACACUGCCAAAUUAACUAGGUUGUUGACACCAGUUCCCCAGUAAGACGAAAUACAAAUCGCUUAAUUCCGAGCUAAUAGGGAAUCGAAAGACUCCUCAUCCUAUUUGGGUCAUGGUCAUUGUACUUAGACCUCGGGAGUGAGAAUAACUCCAAGAUAUCAAUACGUCUCCGUGAGCCUCCGAACAAGAUACUCUCCCGAAUUGAUCCUUUCAUACUUCUUCGCCCCCAGCUCACCGCCAAACGUACCAGGAAUCGCCUCGAUAAAUUUGUGGAAAUUGGGGUUACAAAAAUAGGCCACACUAUAGCGCGCCGGAUAUACGUCUGAAUUCUCAUCACCUCCUUGCCUUGGAGGAGGUUCCACAACUCGAUGAUGCGUGCUUUUGAUCUGAUCAUUGGCCCACCGCGCGAGCAAAUCGCCAGCAUUUAUCACAAUGGUGUCGGCAAUUGGGACAGCGUCGAUAAAGGUUCCCUUGGGAGAUCGGACUUGCAGACCGCCCCGGGCAUCCUGGAAAAGUAGCGUAAUAGACCCGUAGUCGCUAUGCUCCCCCGCGCGAACUUGGCCCUCAUUGUCCCUGAAAACGGAUUUGGGAACGGAUGGAUAAUGCAAGAGUCUCAACGUGUUAUCCCCAGCGUCGGUGUACUCGUCGAAGAAGCUUUCGGGAAGACACAUGCCUAGGGCUAUGGCGCGCAUAAUCUUGAUAUGUAGCUCUUUGCAUGUCAGGAAGAAUGCUCUCAUGAUCUCCGUGAACACCCUUCCUUGAUCAUCUAUCUUGUCGGGCCAUUGAUUCGGGCACCCCUCUUCAUCUUCACGGCCGAUCUCAAAGCUCUCUUUUAAAUCGGGGAUUGUUUCCCUCAUCUUCUUGAUCUCGUCCAUGUCGGAGGACUGGGUGACUUUCUCCCGGCCCAUGGCCGUAUAACCCCUGUUCGCUUGCGCGGUUGUCCAUGCUAAACUGUCCUUUUCAGGCCGUGGCCUUCCAAAGAAUCCAGCAGAUGUGUUGAAGAUAUUCUUCACAAUCGAUGGAGGAAUUCCGUGGUUUUUCAAGUAUAAGAAUCCCGACGUUUUGAAGGCCUUUGUUAUGGAAAUUCCCACGGCAUGUCUGUCGGCUGGGGUACCAGUAAGAUAGGGUUCAAAGUCGAUCACCUAGGAAAUCGGAUUGUGGGUAUAGCUCUAUUAGCUAAUCUGACUUUCACGAGUAUUUCAGGAAUUUUUGACGGCGGCAGAUUUAGAGGCAGGCUUACAGGAAUGACCAAGUCAUCUUUGGAGACUCCUUCUGAAAUAGGAUUGCAUUCCUGGAUGGGAGACAUAUUCCUGACAGCCCUUCCUCACAGCAAUUCUCCCUGUGUCAGUCGUCGGAUUGUGAGAAGUGAGUGGGGUACUUACUGAUGGAGAGGAUCAAACCCUGCCUGCACUGGGUAGAAGAGACAGUGCCAAAGCAAAGCAGGUGUGGUAAUGCUAUGAUUCGAGCGAGAACAGAGAGUACUCUUCUGUAGUAGAAGCUGGUAAAAGUAGAUGAAUAAAUGCGAUCACUGAGAGCAGAUUUUGGUGUUGUUAACCUUGCCAUUCAAGUCUCACAGGUAUAAGCACCGGAUGUAACGCCAGUGCCAAUUUUAUGCAGGAUUUGUCGGCCGGGACACGGUUCACCCUGCACAAAUCCCCCAACGACAAUUAUAUUACAUGUGUAGAAAUUCUCCAGGUGCAGUACAGCGCCUACGAAGAGAACGAAGAGAACGAAGAGAACGACACGCGCAACUUCGAUGUCCCUUUCCACAUUUCGUCUCAUUAUCACGAUACAAACAGCCGGAUUCCAGGGUCGCCUGACGCGAUACCAUUUCUUGGCACCGGAAGCUUAUCUUUAUCACUGGAAGUUGCCCCACCUCCCGCAUUUUAGCGGUGCCGCUAAAAGAAGCCCCUAGAGCUUAACUAGACACACGCCGGACCGUUAGGCAUGGUUAGGGUUCCCUCCUUACCUAUCGCCCGGUAUUUAAUGGGUGUGUCUGGAAGACGCUGUAGGGUGUGUUAAGGAUAUCCCCCCGGAGAUGGGGGAUUCGAUUUAGGGACAUUUUUAGAACACUUCGUACGAGUACUCAAGUUAGAGCUGCUCGUCACCACGUAAACCAAACCUUUCUUGCGUGCGCUGCACAUGAGUUAUCAAUGGCAUGUAAUUCUUGAUGAAAUACAUAUCCAUGCUAUAGUUACCCCUCCACCAAGCUGGAAAUUCAAAGACACACACUUGAACCAAAAAUCUCAGGAAGCUCCCUACAUCACUCAACUACCGAACUCUCACAAAAGGCCAUGACAGAAGCAAAUGAAGGGCAAAUGCCCGUGUACCCAAUUAUUGACAUUCACACCCAUGUCUAUCCAGACUCCUACCUCAGCCUCCUCCGCUCGCGCACAACGGUACCAUACAUCUACGACCCCCCGGAUGGUAGCCCCGCACGCCUCAUCAUCCUCUCUUCAGAUGACAGCCCCUCCAUCCCGAAAGAGAAGCGUGGCCGUCCCGUCGACUCCAGCUACUCAGACAUCAGCCUCAAACUUGCAUUCAUGCGCAAGCACAACAUCACCACAAGCGUGAUAUCCCUCGCGAAUCCAUGGCUGGAUUUUCUCCCUGCGCAAGACGCGUGUCGUUGGGCAGAGAGGAUCAAUAACGAUCUGGAGAGCAUAUGUGCUGAGCAAAAUGCAAAGGCGGAGGCGAAGAGGAAUAGCAGUAGUACUGGCGAAACAUUGCCGUUGAACGAGUUCUAUUCGCUUUUUGCCUUUGGCGUAUUACCCCUCAGCGCGCCGGAUCCAAAUGCCAUCGUGAACGAGAUAUCCCGUCUUGCAUCGUUGAUGUUUAUCCGUGGCGUCAUCAUGGGCACGUCGGGACUAGGAAGUGGACUGGACGAUCCAGCGCUCGAUCCGGUCUGGGCGGCGUUGGAAAGGACCCGGACGCUCCUAUUCCUGCAUCCGCAUUACGGGCUACCCAAUGCCGCCUUUGGUGGCGAUGAAACCGUGGAGCGCUAUGGCCAUGUGCUGCCGCUCGCGUUAGGGUUUCCCCUAGAAACCACAAUUGCGGUAACGAGAAUGUACCUGGCCGGUGUAUUUGAUCGGUUUCCGAAGUUGGGCAUCCUGCUGGCCCAUUCUGGUGGUACGCUGCCGUUCCUAGCGGGCAGGAUUGAAAGUUGCGUUGCCCAUGAGAGGAAAUUUCUCGCGAACGGGGGGAAUGUUGCUGGGCCAAAGAAGAGCUUAUGGGAUGUACUGAAUCAGAAUAUUUAUCUGGAUGCUGUCAUUUACGGGGAGGCGGGACUGAGGGCUGCUGUGCAUGGGGCAGGGUCUGUGGAUCGAGUUCUAUUUGGAACCGAUCACCCCUUUUUCCCUCCCCUUGAUGGUAAGGAUAAGCAAUGGCUGAGUGUCGUGAUGAACCAGAGAGUUAUCGAUGGCGCUUUCGGAGCUGAGUCGGAUACUGCAAAGGCCAUUUUGGGAGGCAAUGCUGUCAAGAUUCUAAAUCUUGAGAGCUAGGAGAAAGAUCAUAGUUCCAAGAAGUACGGAAAAGUAAAACUUGUUGCGUAGGCAAUAUGGUUUGGAGUAUCAUUAGAUAGGAUAAGUAUAUAGAUAUGCCACGUCAAAUUGACAGAAAGUCCUUCCAGUCAUAAUCAGAAUGCCGGACAUUCGGCAUCCUGACAUUUCGUCUUCCCACAGAUAUCAAGAUAGGAACUGUGAUAAUAGCGAAUGUAGAAAUAAUACAGCUGUAAAAAAC